GAGGAAGUACCGCUGGAUUUAAAGUGGUUCAAGGCUUUGUCGCAUUGUAAUGACUCUUAUUGAGUCUUUAUUACCUGGACUACAUUCAUUUUUGGCUGUGGAUUUAAAUAGUAUUCAAUUACCUUCGAGCAUUGAACAAAAACGUCGACGAUUUCUUGAACGUAUCGAAGUUCUUAGUUUGGGAUCUAUACCACCACCACCCGAAAGUCACAUGAACACAAGCACGUCUGCAACUAAUCUCACUUAUCCUAAGAAUAAUUAUGAUAGUAUUAAUAAUAAUAAUAAUAACAACAAUCAUGUUACGGUUUUAUCAAAAAAACCGCUGAGCAGUAUUGCUCGUUUCUUUUCAAAUAAACGUUAUUCUCUUCCGCCAACAAUUAAUUACCCAUCAUCACCUGUUUGUAUUGAUCCAAGUAAAACAGUUAUUCAUAGUCCUGAGACUUCUAUUAUCAACCGAGACUCUCGAAAUUCUGAUCAGUCAAUUAAUGAGUUCACUGUCGAUUCACCAGAUGGGUCGUCCUAUAAUUGUGAUAGAAGAAAUUCACUUGCACAGUCUUCCUCUUUUCCUCCUCCUCCGCCUUUACCACCGAAGAAAUCUCAUCUACAAAAGCUCUCCAAGAAAGUAGAAGAUCCAUAUGAAGUGCCAAAACAAGUUGUUACUCCGGUUGAAACAGUUAUUCUCACCACCAGCAGUGCAGCUUCAUCUUCAACAGUCACACCUGUACGUUCAAAAUCAUCAAUUACAUCAGCCAGUGAACCAUUAUUUCGAAGGAAAGAAUUCAGUCGACUGUCAUUAUCACCACAAUCAGAAAUUAUUCAGGCUGACAGUAAUUCAAUCACUCCCAUAACAAAUCCAGAUAGUCUAUAUCAUACUUCUGAUAUUCAUGGGACAAAAACUAUAGGAGUGAAUCCAAUAGUUCUAUCAGAUACAACUAGUGCUAUCAAACCGGAUGCUACACUUGUAUUACCAAAGAAAUAUUUGGUUGGCUGUCAAACUCGUCGUCCAAGCUCAUUAAUGGAUUCAAUAUGGACAUUGGCUGGUGUAUUGUCACAUCGUUGUAAACCGAAUAAAUGGAUACAAUUGAAUAUUUGUUUAUUAACUAAUAGUUCAAGGUUGAUUGCUUAUAAGACGGGGCAUUCAGUUACACCAUCAUUAGCUUUAUUCUUGUGUGGUUCUACUGGUAUAUAUUCAGGACGUGACAGUGGUAUGGAGCAUGUGAUAAAGAUCGCACAUUUCAGUCGUGAAAUUAUUGUUUUAGCUGCACCAACUGAAGAGCAGGCAUUAAUUUGGGUUCGACAAAUCAACCAGUAUUCCCAAGGGAUUACACCUACAGAAGUUCGUUCAUUUCUACCACAUUUUACUGUACCGAAUAGUGCUAAUGCAACAAGUGUUACAAUUACUGCUGCUACUAAUACUACUGUGACUACUAUAAAUUCUUCAUAUAAGAAUGCUAGUGGACUGAGCUCGCAUUCACUAAGUAAUCAUAAUUUUACAUCUCCAAAGUCUUUGGUUUCCAGUAAUCGUCCUAUUUCUAUGGAAGUAUCAGACAUAAAAAUCGAUGCAUUAUCCCAUGAAAAUAAUCGAAAUGAUAGAUUAUUUCAGCCGAUUGUAAAUCACUUGAAAAGUUUGUCUUUAGAAGAAAGUAGUUGUGUUAUGUGUACAUCUCAUGAGGCUGCCUCUAGUUGUAGUGGUACUGUUAUUGAUAAAACGGAGAUAAGUAAUACGAGUGGUAUGCCCAGUGAUGUUACUACUACUAAUAUUGAUUAUUAUGGAGGUGUGAAUGUACCUCUCCAGUGUCAGUCUACUAGUUCAGUACAAUCAAGACCCUUAUCAAUGACAUUGUCGUCCACAUUUGAUGCACACAUGAUUAGUUCUAAACAAAAUCUACGUCGCAACAGUUUAAUUUCGUCAAUGCGUCGGAAAGUAGAGUCGUUUAACUCUAAGCGUCGUGCGCGCAAAUCACUUCCACAAUCAUUACAACCAAACUGUUCAUCUGUUGUUGAAAGCUGUUCCGAUUUACAAAAUAACGAGGCGCUUAAAGAAGUAGGACAUCGGAGAAUGUUGAGUGAUGGUCAGUGGUCAUGUUCAAAAUUUUCAUCGGUCCAUUGUCUUCAGCAACAGCAAAUCUUUUCAUCUAUAACUCCACAACCACUACCACCUCCCGCAGCAGCUUGUUUAUGGGACUCGUCUGGAAGUUCUGGUAAAGGAUUCGGUUGGUCCCAGCUAGAAACAGCUGGUGCUAGGUUUUUGAACCAGAAUGCAUCUUCAGUUAGCUCAAAUUCCUCAGCAUAUCGACCGCGUUCUAUGUGUUAUGAUUCAUCAGGAUUGUUUGACUUGUUUAAUUCUUCGCAGAUCAAUGUAAAUGUUAUGCCAAAACAUGGUCCAUUGUUAGAUUUGAAUUCCAUGCGAUCACAUUCUGUCACUUCAUGUGUACCUAAUGGCAAUCAAGUAGUUAUAUCAGGUAAUGCUUCCAUUUCUAUACCUGGGCGGGUUUCAUGGACUACUAGAUGGUGUUGUUUAAAGUCGAAUUGUCUUGAAAUCUACUUGAAUAAGAAAGGUUGUGAUAAUAACAUUAGUCAACACAACAAUCCCUUUAAUGACUAUUAUAUGGAUGAUACUAAUUGGCCAUUGUUUUCUUUGCCAUUAGAACCAGGCAAAGUUGAACUAGGCUUAGCUAGAGAUAAACGUCAUUCAUCGGCUAUUCGUCUUGCUGUACCGACACAGUGUUCGGCACCAUUGUUAUUCGAUGUUGCAGACAAGUUACAAAUGGGUGCUUGGAUUAGAGGAUUUAUUCAAGCAUUGGGUCUUAUUUCACCAACAGAAGAUGCUAUAAAUUCUAAGCAGGAAACAAGUCAUUCUAUGCGUGGAAUCGCCUCAGCGAAACUAGGUUAUAUUCCCCAGUCUUCAGUUAUGCACGAAAGGACUGGUUUUCAGCAAACCCAUUUAAAAGGGGAUAAUGUCUUACCAACUGUCAGCUCAUCGUGGGUUGGUCGUAUUCCUAAUUCAAUUAUGGAAACUUCACAAACUUCAGUGUAUUACUCAGAUAUCCAUGAAGAUGGUGAUAAUGAUGCGGUUUGUGUAAAUAAAACACAGAAUGCAGUAAAUAAUCCAAACUUUUCAAAUACAGUAAUUUACGAUGAAGUAUGCCCUCCACAAACAAUAUAUAGCAAAUCCAACAAUAAGGAUAUCAGUGCUACAAUUACGCCACUAGCUAACUCGUCAGAAAUGUCAAAGACCUCUGAUAUAAACUUGUCUAAAAGACGUUGGAGUUCCCCUUUACUGAUAGUUGAAUCAUCUACAAAAAUACAAACUCCAGGGUAUUCUAACGAAUCGAAUACUUCAUUAUUUAACAAUCUUUCAUCUCAUUGGCAUAUUCCUCCACCAAGUCGUAGAUUAUUGGCCCAACCAUUACCUCCACUGCCUUCAGUUGGACCGAGUACUUGUGAAUCUAUAGCUGGAACAAUCACGAGUUGUUAUACUUCAUCGAAUAUUACACCAGAUGAUUUUGGUGGUUAUCAAGAUGAAUCGCUGACACCUGCUUCAAAUAUUGUAGAGUCUGAUGGUUUUCCAGAAUUCUGGUGUAGAAAAGACGGGAAAUUGAAUAACUGUAAGUCUUCGCAGAUGUCAGCAGUCACAAAUCACCGCAGAUAUGCUAGUAUGAGUAGUUUGGAGUAUGCAGCCUCAAACACGAACAACACCAACGAUGAUAAGCGUGGAGAUGAUGAAAAGCAGGGGAAGAAAACUAGAAAUUCUAGUGAUGUCAGACUAAGUGAAUCUCAUAAUCAAUCUCAUUCCAAGGUUGUAUUCUCAUUGGAUGAUAUCUACAGUGAACCAAGAAAGAUUACUUCUAGUCCUGCGUUCACUCCGAUUACAACAACGGAAUCAAGUCAUUUAAGCUGUACAAAAUGUUGUACUUCUAUUUCAACCUGUGUUCCUGUUGACCCUAUUGAAGAACGGACUAAUUCGUCGUCUGUGUGUUCAACGUCUACACUUCUCCGUUAUUCGGAUGUUUCUAAUUUGCAUAGAGCCAAUUGUGAUAGAGCUACUAUGGGUACCUGUAUAAUCGAUGAACAUUGCAAUAAUAAUAACAUCAAUGUUAAUGAUCAAAGGUGUUCAGAUGAGAUCAAUUUGUGGGAGUUGAAGUCUGAGAACACUUUGUCAUCUAAAGAUCCAGCUCUUGUAGAAUAUAUGAAAACAUAUAAACUAAUUAGUGCACGACGAUGUGUAUCGUGUUUAAGUGGGAACAAACCAACAGUUCUACAGACAAAUUCAAAUGUUGAUGGUAUGCCAGUUUUAUCGUCAACACUGCCUGUUCGUUCUGGAUCGGAUGAUCCAGUCAAACAUAUUACAGGAAUCAACUUGGACGUUACUGGUAAUGAUACAUUAUUUAUGAGAAAAUCCAAUUCACAAUGGAACCGAGGCUCAUUUUCGUCAAAUUCUUCUCGAACAGCUACUUCAUCUGGUGUAGCCUUGUCUUCAUCUCCUGGUUCUGGUGGGAAUACUCGUCCUCCUUCAUUAGCAAUACCGGGAUGUCUUCCUGUAACUCCAGUAGAAGAAGAACAAUGUAAUAUUGAGGAUUUUUCACAUCAUACGCAUCAUUUCAACAAAGAAUUAUCUGAUAGCGUUCCCUUCAAUGUAGAGCAACAAUCCUCUAUUAAAAAAUAUAAAUAUUCUGACUAUGUAUGUCAGGUAGAAAUACCGUCUUCUGUAUCUUUUAUGAGCUGUCAUCAUAAUCAUCAUUAUACUCAUGUGAUGAAUAAAGUUAACAGUAAUACAAUGCAUGUUGAUUCAAUUUCAUCAUCUGCUACAUCAUUACUCUUGAUUGCAUCACAAUUGGAAGAGGUUAAACAGGAAACAAACAGUCUUCGGUCAAGAAAGUAAGUUUAAAACACAUUGCUUUGUUGUUAUUGAAAGCUUCAGAAUACUAUGCGCUGACGUCUUUGGUGGAGUAAUCACUGAGCCUGUGGUUGAUGAUAGUUCGAAUUUCCUGAAGUCUGUGUACUUCAGUGUCAUGUUGGAUGGUAACAAGUAGUAAAGUUUGGUUCCCUGGAAUUAUUAUCAAUUUAAAGAAUCUUAUCACUUAACGCAGCUAAAUAAAAGUGAAUCUACUUUUUAAGCUGAGUCGAUUCGGGUUACCCCUGUGUUGAAUUAGGCGUCGAAUGACUCGCCAGUGUGCAGAUCAUCACCUGAAUCUUAUAGGCAAACAAUAUUGCUUAGUGUAAGGGGUAUCAAGCCAAUACGCAUGCUACAGAUUUUGCUCUGCUUCCGGAUACUAUUUUCAGUGAUAAAUUGGGUUAUAUGUCAUGAUCUGAAUAUUGUGGGUUUCCUAUGGAAACUGUGAUGAAUUUCACCUCAUACUGUGUACUUUGACGUGACGCGCCACUAUCACCCAGAAACUACUCCUCCAUUCUAUAUGUGAAGAAUAACUGUUGAACGUAUGUAUUGGAAUUAUGUUGCUCAGUUCAGAAAAGCUUCAAUCACAUUAUUAUGUUUAGGAACAUUUUGAUAACCAUAUGUUUUUGUUUAACUUUCACUUUUAGAAAUGAUUUGUCAUUUCGAUUGUUGAAUCUUCUUGCUCUUGAUUAUCGCGAUAGUCAAUCAAAACUAGGUAUUGAUACCUUCGAGUGUGAUGAAAGAUUCCACUCUGAUAAGGAAGAUUCACAAGUCAAUGGAGAUUCUCGUCAUGAUAGUGACACUGUUACUGUUGAUAAAGUCUCUGCCAAUGAAGAACAAGAGAACAUUAUCGAAAACAAGGAAGCUACAGCCACUUUAUAUGCACGCCUAAUGGCUGUAGAGAUGCUAUUGAAGAAUGCUGAAUCAACUGAAGCUCAAUUAGAAAAAGAAUUUGGACAUUUAAUGACUAAUCAUAAUGGAAUAAAACCGUCGUCAUCAUCAUUAUCACCUUCGUCCACAAGAAUAAUAGGAACAACAUCUGUUCUUGGUCCAGUUACAAACUCGAAAGAAGGACAGGAUCACCAACAAAAGCUUGACGAAUUAUCGGUCAUUAAAAUGUCUUUGAAUAGUAUCAAUGAAAAUAUUUGUUCUCACUGUAAAAUUCCCCGUACAAGCAGCAAUGGGCUAACUGGGGGAUGUCGUAAACGAAAUCGGAGGAAACAUCGUCAUGGUUAUAAAGCGAGUACUACAACUCAACAGGACAAUAUUGGUCGAGCUUGUUAUCGUACAAGACGUUGUGAGUUGACUGAUGCCAACUUUUCAGAACAGUCUGAUUGGAGUGUAACCGAGUCUAAAAAUGAUUGUUCUUCAUUGACUGUAUCAUUGGCUUCUUAGAUUGAUCGGCUAAGACUGCAUACUUACUUCGACGCUACUUUGUGUGUAUACAGAUUAUAUUGACGAUUACAAUUAACACUCCGGUUUCUUGUUUUGUUUUAUGAUUUACAUUGAUGUAUUAACUUGAAGUGUGUUUUGUAAAGAGUAAACCUGUACAGCAUUUAUCUUUGUAUUUAUUCAUUUAUUUCCCUACUCAUCCUCUAUCUUGUCUGGAAUAUUCCUUACGAAUCUGAUCACAAAUGCAUUGCGGCCACUUACUGACACACACACACACAAACACGGAGAUCUGACUCUAUUUGUUAUUGCUUACUCAGUAUGUCCUGCCUGUUAUUUUCGUUUGUGCAUCCUUAAUAUAUAAUAUAUAAAAAUCAUGUCUUCCUGUAUCAAUACUUGAUCCACCCUUCUCAUCUCACUCAUCCUGUCACCAUUUUCUAUUAUUAUUAUUAUUAUUAUUAUUAUUAUU